GCGCACGAAGGAGUGCAUCUGUUGCAGUUGCUGACAGAUCUGCCCACAGCUUCCUGACAUAUCGGGUAAUAAGUGCAAAGGAAAACACGCAGGUGUGAAGAUGUGUUGCAACUGUUCCUAUUUGUAAUAUUUUGGAUUCUGUAAUAUCCCAGUUCUCUGCACCCAGUUUUACCUGCUGUUUCGGUAGUAUUACACUUCUGUGUUGAGAAUACAUCACGUAAUCCACAGUGUUACACAUUGUGAUCAACACCUGUGUGCUGCAGUGGCUUGGUGUAUGCCUUACUGAACUCUUGAAAGUGAGAAGUACUCUGACUUAAUAACAAGGGAAAGUGCCCUGAAGAUGGAUGGGAUGAAAGCACCAUUGAACUCUUCCUUCAUGAACUUGCCAUAAUGGACAGCAAUAACUUUCUGGGCAACUGCGGUGUGGGAGAGAGGGAAGGCAGAGUGGCGUCAGGACUUGUUGCCCGAAGGCACUAUAGGUUGAUCCAUGGAAUUGGAAGAUCAGGAGAUAUUUCUGCAGUCCAGCCUAAAGCUGCAGGGUCUAGCCUUUUGAACAAGCUUACUAAUUCAGUUGUCCUGGAUAUUAUAAAGCAGGCUGGUGUCCGGACGGUGACCCAUUGCUUUGUGGUUCCUAUGGCAACUGGCAUGAGCCUAACUCUGUGUUUUUUAACAUUGCGGCACAAGAGACCAAAGGCAAAAUACAUCAUUUGGCCACGUAUAGACCAGAAAUCUUGCUUUAAAUCUAUGAUAACUGCAGGUUUUGAGCCUGUGGUGAUAGAGAAUGUGUUAGAAGGCGACGAGCUACGGACAGAUAUUGAAGCAGUGGAGGCUAAAGUCAAGACUCUUGGUGCUGAGAAUAUUCUUUGUGUGCAUUCUACAACAUCUUGCUUUGCUCCAAGGGUACCUGAUAGGCUGGAGGAAUUGGCUAUAAUUUGUGCUAAUUAUGACAUUCCCCAUAUUGUCAACAAUGCAUAUGGAGUUCAGUCUUCAAAAUGUAUGCAUCUUAUCCAGCAGGGUGCUCGAGUAGGCAGAAUAGAUGCUUUUGUUCAGAGCUUGGACAAAAAUUUUAUGGUUCCAGUAGGUGGUGCUAUCAUUGCUGGCUUCAAUGAGUCCUUCAUUCAGGAGAUCAGCAAAAUGUAUCCAGGAAGAGCUUCUGCAUCUCCUUCCUUAGAUGUCCUCAUUACACUUCUGUCUCUAGGUGCCAGUGGCUACAAACAGUUACUGAAAGAGAGAAAGGAAAUGUUUUCCUAUCUUUCAAGUGAGUUGAAGAAGUUGGCAGAUAUCCACAAUGAGAGACUGCUGGAUACACCACAUAAUCCCAUAUCCUUAGCCAUGUCACUGAAGAAUCUAGAUGAAAAUAAUGAUGCUGCUGUUACCCAGCUUGGAUCUAUGCUUUUUACAAGACAAGUUUCAGGAGCGAGGGUUGUUCCUCGUGGGUCUGUGCAAACAGUGAAUAACUACACUUUCAAAGGCUUUAUGUCACAUACAAAUGACUACUCCUGUGCUUACCUCAAUGCUGCAUCAGCUAUUGGAAUUAAAAAGCAAGACGUAGACAUCUUCCUAAAAAGACUGGACAAGUGUUUGAAGGCUUCUAGAAGAGGGAAAGAAAAAAGUUUGAAUGAAAUAUGUACAUCUAACACAGGCACAGAACAACUUGAAGACCAGAAGGUCACAGCAUUUCACAGUGGUGAAACAAGAAGCAAGCACGUGAAAUUUUCCAGAAGAAUUUAAUGUCCAGAAAUGUAGAGGUUACUGUUCUUACUACUGGUUUGUUGCUCUGCCAGAAGUUACUGCCCUGUAGCAGGGGCAGCAGAACCAUCCGUCUGCUUGGCUGCUGCCACAAUUCAUACAGUGUUGGAACAACUCCUGGAACUGAGGUGUGUUAAAGUGAGCAUUGAGGGUAUGAAAAACUGUGCCUGUGAAGCAAGCACGUUUCCUGUUGCACUUCUUCAGAAAACGUAGAUGCUGAUACCUGCCUCUGAAGAUCAUAACCUUUUGUACCAGGAUGUGUGGGUGGGCAGGAACCCCUCACACUGCUGCAGUUUGAGUCACUGAAGUGACUUGUGCCUCCUAAGGUGCCUGUAAUUGUUCUGUGAGAUGCUUUUCUUUCCCUCUGAUGUUACAUCUUAUGCUGUCUGGAUCUACAUAGGUGAAAUAAAUGAAGGAGCAGAUGGACUUGUCUUAUAAAAAUAGCACUGGAAUAAUACAGUGCAAGCAAACUGACACGGAAUGACCCAUCUUACAGACCCGCUCUUAGUUUACUUUUGUAGUAUCUGAGAUAAUGAACAAAACUAAGGACUAUUUGAGCAAUAAUAUUGCCUAUUCACGCUUCAUUCGUAACGAUUGCCUCAGAUACAAAGCAAAUAAAAGCUACCAGAUGCAGCAAAUUCUCUUGAGCCUAAGAAAGCAAAACUGUAAUGUUGCAAAUGUAAAUGCUGGCAUUGCAGCUUAAUACACAUAUAAACCGAGCGAUCUAUAUUGUGCGAUCAUCAUAUUUUAAGAAAGGCUGGAGCCCAGAGACUACCAAAUGUUCUCAUCUGCAGUGUAUCAGCAGUUCUCAGUCUUCAGCUGCUGUAUAGAUAAUAAUUCUAAUUGAAGAAUCAUUAUACGAAUCCAUAUGUGAGUGAGAGAUGGGCUAUAGCCUUUUGUUCAUGAUGCUUUAAAAAUUGAGUUGCUGUUUUCACUUUUUAUAAAGCGUAAUUAGAUUGCCUCAUUUUUUAAAAUGCAACAUUUUAAUCAACCUGGCUUGGCAGGAUUUGGAAUCUGAAGGAAAAAUAAUCGAUGUAAAUGACAAUUUUUUUAAACAAUAGCUAUUUAAAGGCUUGAAUUGGUUACAAAGUGACUUUCCUCAGAGAGAACCUUUGUUCAAAUGGCUUUAAUUUUGAAACCAGUGCUUGAAAAAUUGUGCUGUAUGUGCUCUGCAAUAAUAGUUUUUCAUGUAUUAUACUUUUUCCCCUCCAACGUAACGACAUUUUAGUGGUUUAAUAAUGCCAUUUAAAAAUUCUAGUUAAAAGGGCAUUUGCUCUGUCACAGUUACUCAUCAAGCAGCUGUCGUAUCAAAUUACCAAUAGUAGAUUUAUCUUGAUGGACCAGCUCCAGUGUUUUGGACCAGUUUCACUAUAACUGGACCAAGCUUACAUUACUCCUUUUGGGGUCCUAAAGUCAAGUUCACAAACAAAUAAAGAGUGUUUUGAUAAUUCUAUCUGCUGCUAAACAGGAGACUUGAGAUUGAAAUAAAAGCUGAUCCAGUUCAGGAGCUGAAUUGCUUUCUUAAUGUGGAUGGUGAAACUUAAUUUGCCUUUAGAUCCUGCCUGAGCUGCUGUAGCAGAAUUAUAACUGCUUUUAUUUCUUUAACCUAACAUGAUGAACAGAGGGAAUAGAGCUGUUUCACCAGGGUGUUGCCUCUCAUAUUACUCUGUCUUAAAGAGCUUCAAAAAUAGGGCUGCCAUCUUACACAUUAUUUGGUCUUUUGCUGGUUGAGGUGGGCAGUUAGUCUUGUACAAACAUUACAGGAAAGUAGGUGUGUGCAUAUUCUGUCUCUAGACAUCCCAAGUAGGAUCACACUAAAUUCAGGACAAGCAUGUAGUGUUUCUACUGAUCCAUUCUUUCCAAAAGCUGCUGCUUGGGCGCAUCUCUUGUGGCAGAAAGGUUCCAAAGGAGCACAUGUCUCAGAUACAAGUAGAAGGAUUUUGGAGGUUUCUAGAUUGGUUGUGUUUGACUUCUGCUACGCAUGAAGUUCUUUGUGCUGUGUCAGCUCUAUUAAAAUGUUUGCAGCUACUCUCA